ACAGCAUAUCACAAUUUAGUUUGAAAUUGAAUGCUUCUACGAGACUACGAUUUUGAUGGGCAGCAUACCACGAUUGUUCCAAGAACACGAUCGAGUUUUGGACGCUUUUACAAUCAUGGUCGUCGCAAUGUUGGGCGAUGACAAUGCACUCGCCAUGAUGGUGCACUUUUUUAGUGUGUCGACACCCGGGCCAACGCGCAGGCGGACUAGUUUUCUGGAAAAUCUUGAACACGAACGGCACCUCGAAAAUGGUCAUCGCAUGGCGUCAAAUGGUGGUGGAGAUCCUCGAUUCUGGUCUAAUGCCUCAGUUGAUACAACGGCGUCCAGUUCGUGUUCCAGAAAUCAGAAGGCAAGAAGGACAUCGAGUUUUGUGGCACACGAUGAUGCAGGCCUUCCAGUGAGAAUAAGGAACGAGAAAACGAGUAGGAACAACGCGACAAGGACAACAAGUUUUUUCUCCCUUAGUAAGACAAUGGGUAUGGUCCAGAAAUUUGCCACCGGGCUGAGUAAGAGCCCACUGCAGGUGUAUCGAAUGGUAACGCUCUAUCCGCAGAGUCAUCAUCCCGCACUCGCCACCCAACCUCUGGUGUUGCAAUCUCACAGUCAAAUUUAUGGACGCAUAAGAAACUAUUCCUAGGAUUCUUGCCCAAAUGUUAUCCAUAGGUAUCAAGAAAGAAGCAUGUUGAAGCCCUACUUCUAGUUUAGAGCUCACAUCUUUCAUGUUAGAAUAAACCCGAACGAGGACGAGGCUCUUCGAGAAGAUUACUACGCAGGAACGGACCCGAUCACCGGGAAAGAGGUGAAGACGGGAGGCCAAAUGCGACCAGAUAGUUUAUGAACAAAGAUAGAGUUGCAGUUUUUUCCGUCCUCAAGACCUUUUCCCAAGCUUCCGUUUUUUUUUGCAUGCUGGCUCUGAAUGAUAAGGCAGUUUCUAACCCGCACCAGGGUCAGGGAAAGGUAUCAUGAUGGAUAGCGUCAUGGAAAAAAGUACAACAUCUUUCUUCGUUUCAUAGCGAGGUGGAGAUGAAGCGGGCAGGGAAAUCAUUCGCGAGAAAAGAGACCAGGCAGAGAAACCAUUCGGGAAUCCGAUGGAUAGAUAUAACACACAAGUCCUUUUUCCUGUGCCGAUGGAUUGGUGAUGCUUGAAUUUAGCACCAUGGAUCUGGUGAUGAAACAAUUCAGCUUCUAAGACUGAGUACUAAAAUGAGUCCUUUAUUUUGAUUGAUGUGUGAAUGUGAUAGCACAAGCACUACUUGAAAUUACU